GUAACUCUUCCUUCAGGAUGAAUUAAGAGAGGACGAUCCAUAGUUGUUAAGAAUGGAGAACAGCGUGUCAGUUUCUAGCAUGCAGAACCCUUCGUCUUCACCCUUGGAAAAACAUCAGAGCUCAGCUGACCAUAACGGAGAUCUUGAUUCAGAAGAAGGCUCAAGCUUGGAGGAAACCGGCUUUAACUGGGGAGAAUAUUUGGAAGAGACGGGGACCAGUGCAGCUCCUCACACAUCGUUCAAACAUGUUGAGAUCAGCAUUCAGAGCAACUUCCAGCCGGGGAUGAAAUUGGAGGUAGCCAACAAGAAGAACCCGGACACGUACUGGGUGGCCACGGUCAUCACCACCUGCGGGCAGCUGCUGCUUCUGCGCUACUGUGGUUACGGGGAGGACCGCCGUGCCGACUUCUGGUGUGACGUGGUGAUUGCGGAUCUGCACCCCAUAGGGUGGUGCACGCAGAACAAUAAGACCCUGAUGCCCCCGGAUGCAAUCAAAGAGAAGUACACGGACUGGACGGAAUUUCUCAUUCGUGAUUUGACUGGUUCCCGGACGGCCCCAGCCAGCCUCCUGGAAGGUCCUCUGCGAGGGAAAGGCCCUAUAGACCUCAUUACAGUUGAUUCCUUAAUAGAGCUCCAGGAUUCUCAGAGCCCUUUUCAGUACUGGAUAGUUAGUGUGAUUGAGAAUGUUGGAGGAAGAUUACGCCUUCGCUAUGUGGGAUUGGAGGACACUGAAUCCUAUGACCAGUGGUUGUUUUACUUGGAUUACAGACUUCGACCAGUUGGUUGGUGUCAAGAGAAUAAAUACAGAAUGGACCCACCUUCAGAAAUCUAUCCUUUGAAGAUGGACUCAGAGUGGAAAUGUGCUCUGGAGAAAUCCCUUAUUGAUGCUGCUAACUUUCCUCUUCCAAUGGAAGUGUUUAAGGACCAUGCCGAUUUGAGAAGCCAUUUUUUCACAGUUGGGAUGAAGCUAGAAACAGUGAACGUGAGGGAGCCCUUUCACAUCUGUCCUGCAUCAGUGACCAAGGUUUUUAACAAUCGUUUUUUUCAAGUGACUAUUGAUGACCUCAGACCAGAACCUAGUAAACUCUCGAUGCUGUGCCAUGCGGAUUCUUUGGGGAUUUUACCAGUACAGUGGUGCCUUAAAAACGGAGUCAAUCUCACACCUCCCAAAGGUUACUCUGGCCAGGACUUCGACUGGGCAGAUUAUCACAAGCAGCAUGGGACAGAAGAAGCACCUCCCUUCUGCUUCAGAAACUCGUCAUUCAGCCGGGGCUUCACACAGAACAUGAAACUUGAAGCUGUGAACCCCAGGAAUCCGGGAGAACUCUGCGUGGCCUCUGUCAUUGCUGUGAAGGGGAGGCUGAUGUGGCUUCACCUGGAAGGCCUGCAGAGUCCGGCUCCAGAGUUCAUUGUUGACGUUGAAUCCAUGGACAUCUUCCCCGUGGGCUGGUGUGAAGCCAACUCCUACCCUCUGACCACACCGCACAAGACAGUCUCACAAAAGAAGAGAAAGAUUGCAGUUGUGCAACCAGAAAAACAAUCGUCGUCCACAGUGCCUGUUGAGAAAAUACCUCACGACCUUUGUUUAUUCCCUCACCUGGACACCACAGGUACUGUCAACGGGAAAUACUGCUGUCCUCAGCUUUUCAUCAACCACAGGUGUUUCUCGGGCCCCUACCUCAACAAGGGGAGGAUCGCAGAGCUGCCUCAGUCGGUGGGACCAGGCAAAUGUGUGCUGGUCCUUAAAGAGGUUCUUAGCAUGAUUAUCAAUGCAGCUUACAAACCUGGAAGGGUAUUACGGGAAUUACAGCUGGUGGAAGACCCACACUGGAAUUUUCAGGAGGAGACACUGAAGGCCAAGUAUAGAGGCAAAACAUACAGGGCCGUGGCCAAGAUCGUCCGAACAUCUGACCAAGUAGCGGAUUUCUGCCGCCGUGUUUGUGCCAAGCUCGAAUGCUGUCCAAAUUUGUUCAGUCCUGUGCUGGUUUCUGAAAACUGCCCGGAGAACUGCUCCAUUCACACCAAAACCAAAUACACUUAUUAUUAUGGGAAGAGAAAGAAGAUCAUUAAGCCCCCGAUUGGAGAAAGCAGUGCUGAAAGCGGACAUCCUAAACCGGCCAGACGCAGGAAACGACGAAAAUCCAUUUUUGUGCAGAAGAAACGGAGGUCCUCUACCGUGGGCUUUGCCGCAGGCUCCGGGGAGGAAAGUGAAGAGGAGGAUGCGGACGCCCUGGACGAUGACACCGGGAGUGAGGAGACCGGCUCCGAGCUCCGUGAUGACCAGACGGACACAUCCUCGGCCGAGGUGCCCUCCGCCCGGCCCCGGAGGGCCGUGACCCUGAGAAGCAGCUCGGAGCUCGAGCGCCGGGCGCCCGUGGAGAGGACGCGGAGGGGCCGGAGGGCCCGGGCCACCCCCAGCGCCGAGGGGGCCCCCCGGGGCCCGGCCUCCAGCCAGGAAGCAGCGGAGGCGGUGAAGCAAGAGGAGGAGGAAAGGCUGGUCCUGGAGAGCAACCCCUUGGAGUGGUCGGUGACAGACGUGGUGAGGUUCAUCAAGCUGACGGACUGUGCACCCCUGGCCAAAAUAUUUCAGGAGCAGGAUAUCGACGGCCAGGCGCUCCUGUUGCUGACUCUCCCCACGGUGCAGGAGUGCAUGGAGCUGAAGCUGGGGCCCGCCAUCAAGCUGUGCCAUCAGAUCGAGAGGGUCAAGGUGGCUUUCUAUGCCCAGUACGCCAACUGA